CUUGUUCCGCGUGAAUGCGCUGUGGAAGGCUCCUGGUGGUGGUUGCAUUCAAGGCUGCGACAGAAAAAACAAGCGAGGAUUGCUUGAACAGAACAGUCGGCAAUUUUCACCACUCACCGCCCCUCCACAAAAAACUGCAGAAGACGCCAUUUAGUGUAUUUAAACAUCCGUUGGUUAAUUAAGUUACUUUUGCCAGGCGUCUUAUUCCUGGGGUCGUGCAGUCAGUCAAGAGAGUGUCGCCGUUUCUCCCUGAAGCCAACACUAAGGGGGACUCCAUGAAAGAUGACAGAGGAGGUGAUUGUUGUAGCCAAGUGGGACUACACAGCCCAGCAGGACCAGGAACUUGACAUUCGAAAAAACGAGCGCCUGUUCCUGCUGGACGACUCUAAAACAUGGUGGCGUGUCCGCAACACCGCCAAUCAGACAGGCUACGUGCCGUCCAACUACGUAGAGCGCAAGAACAGCCUGAAGAAAGGCUCACUGGUGAAGAACAUCAAGGACACGCUAGGUUUGGGAAAAACAAAGAGGAAAACAAGUGCCCGCGAUACUUCGCCGACGCCGAGCUCCGACACGGAAUAUCCCUCCAACGGUAGCGGCCUUGUCGGGGGAAUGGGAGGAGGUGGCGGCGGCGGCGGAGGGGCCGCAGAGAGAAUCAACGACCUCAACAUCCCCGCUGUGGUCAAGUUUAGCUACACGGCAGGGAGGGAUGACGAGCUGACCUUGACGAAGGGCUCCCGGGUGGUGGUGAUGGAGAAGUGCAACGACGGGUGGUGGCGAGGCAGCCAGGCGGGACGUGUGGGCUGGUUCCCUUCCAAUUACGUGCAGGAGGAGAUGGUAGGGCCAGAUGACAGAGGGGAGGGGGAUUCUUCACGGAUAUACAGCACUCAAGGGACCAUGCUGGCCAACGGGAGCGCCGGCGGCGUGCUGGACCUAGUGCAGACCCUCUACCCAUUCAGCUCCGUCACGGAAGAGGAGCUCAAUUUUGAGAAGGGCGAGGUCAUGGAGGUGGUGGACAAGCCGGAGAACGACCCUGAGUGGUGGCGGUGUAAGAACUCGCGUGGCAUGGUGGGCUUGGUUCCUAAAAACUAUGUGAUGGUGCUGGACGAGCGACCCGGCCCACCGUCCUCCACGGCCGUGUCGCCGCGCAACCGCCACGUGGCGGCGGCGCGGUCGGGCAGGUUCGCCGGGAGGGACUGGUACUACGGCAACAUCACCCGACACCAGGCCGAGCGCAUCCUUAACGAGAGAGGCGAUGACGGCGACUUCCUCGUGCGAGACAGCGAGUCGUCGCCCAGUGACUUCUCAGUGUCUCUGAAAGCGCCGGGCAAGAACAAGCACUUUAAAGUGCAGCUGUGCGACGGAGUCUACUGCAUUGGCCAGCGCAGGUUCACUUCCAUGGAGGAGCUGGUGGAGCACUACAAGAAAGCUCCCAUCUUCACCAGCGAGCACGGAGAAAAGCUGUACCUGGUCAAAGCACUGCUGUGAAACACACACACGCACACACACACACACACACUCAUACACACACAAACAAACACUGCUCCCUGACUGUCUUAUGAAUCAAGCCUUAUCUGGACAUCCUCUGGUGAUAUCCACCCUCCAUCCACAUCCUCUGUCGCCCCCUAGUGGCUAUCAGGUGAAGCUCCCAGCAGGUGACCACUGAGGCCCUCCCGUGGGGGGGUCCUGAAAGUCUCUGAUGUCAUACAUGUCAUAUUGGA